CAGAAACGAGCGAGAAUCGAAUCGUUUUUGCUCUGGGCCCAUUUAUUACCAACAUGAGAAAACGAGAAAUGCUGUCACACCGAUGACAGUGCUUAUUUCGCUGAAAAGUUUUGCAAACACGGCAGAGGCACAAGCUGAAAUUGCAGUUAUCAAUUUUCGAUAAAUAAGUUGCUUACCACAGUGUGAAAAUGCCGAUCGAAAACCUUGAGGAGCAGGGCUUGGAGAAGAACCCAAAAUUGGAACUGGCACAAAUCAAAUUUUUGCUGAGUCUUCCGGAACAUAACCAGGAUAAAGCCCUAUCGGAGAAGCUGAUGACGGCUAUCAAGGCGGACAAUAUGGCAUCCUGGUACGAGAUUGUGUGCAAGGAUUUGAACUGGAUGGUCGAUCAGAAACUGCUGGCCGAUAUGAAGGAGGUCAAUCAGAAAAAGCUACAGGAAUUGGAUGACGUGAUUGACGAUGCGGAGAAAAAUCUUGGCGAAAUGGAAGUAAGAGAGGCCAAUUUGAAGAAGUCGGAGUUUUUGUGCCGCAUUGGUGAUAAGGAGGGAGCGAUUUCCGCUUUCCGGAAGACGUACGAUAAGACUGUUUCGUUGGGACAUCGGCUCGAUAUUGUGUUCCACAACAUUCGGAUUGGGUUGUUCUAUUUGGACCACGAUUUGAUUACCCGGAACAUCGAAAAGGCCAAGACCCUAAUUGAGGAAGGCGGAGAUUGGGACCGGCGCAAUCGGCUUAAGGUAUAUCAAGGAGCCUAUUGUGUGGCGAUUCGCGAUUUCAAGGCUGCCGCAAACUUCUUUCUGGAUACUGUAAGCACCUUCACAAGCUACGAAUUGAUGGAUUACGCGUCUUUUGUUCGCUACACCGUUUAUGUGAGCAUGAUAAGCCUUCCUCGGAACGAGCUUCGCGACAAAGUGGUCAAAGGCUCAGAAAUUCAGGAAGUUUUGCAUCAACUACCGGAUGUUAAAGAUUAUCUAUUUUCCCUAUACAAUUGUCAUUAUUCGGAUUUCUUCAAAAAUCUCGCACAAGUUGAAUCUUUCCUCCGGCAAGAUGUUCUGUUCCAUCCUCAUUACCGUUUCUACGUUCGAGAGAUGAGAAUUCAGGCCUAUACUCAGUUGCUGGAGUCGUACCGCUCCCUCACCCUGCAGUACAUGGCGGACGCUUUCGGAGUCUCUGUGGAUUACAUCGAUUCCGAACUGUCCAGAUUCAUUGCCGCUGGUCGUCUCCAUUGCAAGGUGGAUCGCGUGGGAGGAAUCGUGGAAACCAACCGUCCGGAUAGCAAGAACUGGCAGUAUCAAGCCACCAUCAAACAGGGAGACAUCCUGCUGAAUCGUGUGCAGAAACUAAGCAGAGUCAUCAACAUUUAGAGUUGGCUACCAUACAUACAUAGUAACAGAUUGAUUUGCGUAUGCUUCACAUUCAACAACAUUUGAAAUAAAUAUCAUGUAUUUGUCAGAAAA